AUGGAUCCGUUUUAUAUCAACGGAUAUAUAAAGUUUGUUUGGAUAAUAAUAUCAAGCACUCAGACACCUGCAUCUAGGACAACUUCACCACAACGACAACGACAGAUUAACCACAAGCUAUUUACUCAUUUCAAUAACAAAUAUGGUAAAUUUAUACAAGAAUUAAUAUCAAACUCACAAAUUGCUUCAAUUAACUUGGUAAUUUCAAUCUACUACCUAUAUCAACACUACCACCACAACAGCAUACUAAGACACAAAGUUCAAAAUGAAAAUGCACUUGAAAAAGAGGAGACAAGUGCAAACGUAGAGGAGUUUACAGACUCUAUGGUUAUCUACAUGAUCAUUGCUUCAUUAAUUCUUUCAAACAAAUCCUUUGAUGAUCAAUCGUACACUUUGAAAACAUGGUGGAUUAUAAUUGAUAAUACAAAUAGAUCACAACCAACUGUCAAUAUAGAUAUCAAAUUGUUGAAUACUAUCGAAGCCUACUUUCUUGCUUCGUUGGAUUACAAACUUUCGUUUAUUGAAAUGUCACUGGAUGAUCAAUUUUGGAAAUUGAUCGAAGACGGCGGAUGCAUCAAUAACAAUAACAACAACAACAAUAGCAGCAGCAACCGUAAUAGUAAGUUGUUUAAAUUCAAUAAAUCCAUCUUGUUGAGAUUCAAAUCACUAAUCACUUUGACUGAGGAACUGCAAAUGACCAACAAGACAAAUGUAGCACUAAACUGGAAUGGUUGUCCACCCAUACUUCCAUCUACUCCACCACCAUUGUUAUACUCUAGCUCCUCGCCAUUCACGUCAACCACUUUUUCAUCGCCAUUGAACUAUCCAUUGACUCCAAGCACACCAAUGAAUAGUAACAACACCGCUAACACUGCAGAAUAUUCAUGCAUAAAAAGAAGGAAAAUACACUCGAAUCCGAUAUUGAUGGUAUCACCAUCACAAAGCUUUACAACCACUCCAACCACCCUGCGGCAAUUAUCUACGGUGACAAAUGGAUACUAUCAAACAACAAUUUCGCAGCAAUACCAAACACAGCAAGUGUACUACCCACAACCCCUGUUGCAGGCACCACAAUAUAAAUACUAUACACAGCAGCCGCAGCCGCAGCCGCAGCCGCACCCCCAACAACAACAACAACAACAACAACAACUACUACCAUUACCGCCACCGCCAUGCGCUCCUCCUAAGCAGCAAUUAGUUCUGCAAUUGCCACCACUCACACAAAAUCAAUUCCACUUCACUACCAAGUACAAUACUCAUUAUCAACCACAACCAUUGCCAUUACCAUUACCAAUAACACAAGAGCUACAAUCUAUAAAUCCGUAUGUGACCCAGAUGGAGCAGAGCAAAUACAAAUGUCCCAAAUGUAAACUUCCGUAUUGUUCGCUUGCUUGCUAUAAAUCUCAUUCUGAUAAACACAACGAAGAAAUCGCUAAUGAUAAUUCUGGCAGUGGUGCCAGCAGCAGCAACAAAAACAACAACAAAAACAUCUCAUUGAUAGAUAAACAAGAUUUUCCUUCUACGGGAUCCAAGUUUGAUAAAUUCUUAGAGGAUGAAAAAAUCCGCUACCUACUAAAACAACCAGUUUUACAGUUUCAAUUACUUUCUAUAAUUACCAUACUUCAAGAAGGUUUCAUCAAAAACCUUAAUCGUGAACAAAAAUUAGAAGUGAUGAAUUUAAAACUAAGCGAUUUACGUAUAGGCGGCAUAGAAGAGAAUGAACUAGUCGAGGAAUUUGUUGAAAGAGUCCUACAACUAAACGAAACCUUGUGA